UUAAAAGCAGAGAGCAGGAGACCCAGUGGACCGGACCAGUCGGACACCCUGCAGACACGGUUCGUCCUCCUGCAGCUGGCUCUGGACGGAACGGGAUUACUCUGUCGGACGUUACCGUUACUCCUCCUCCAGGUCCAGCUGCUCGGAACCGACAGGGUCCCAACAAACGGGCCGGCCCGUCGGACAGCGGUUUAUCAUCAUCUCAGCGAUCGCAGAAAAUUGCCCGAGCAAAGUGGGACUUUCUGUUUGGAGACCAAACAGAAGAUAGAUGCUGCAGUAAAGCUGCAGACGUUUCGUCCACACUGCUUCCACCCAGUGGCUCUCCCAGCCCUACUUCUCCUCCCUCCCUGUCUUUGAGCCCAGUCCAUCAGAAGAGAGGACGGAGCAGGCAGGGUCAGAGGUCAUCACAUCACCAGGUUCAUCAGAUUGAGGUGGAGCUGGUCACUCCUUUACCCAGGGGCCCCACUCCCAAAACUGGCAUCAUUCGGCGGUCUCUCAAGUACUCUGAGACGGACCUGGACGCUGUGCCACUGCGCUGCUACAGGGAGACCGACCUGGACGAGGUGAUGCGAGCAGAAGCUGAGGCAGCUGAGGAGGCAAACUCAGCCUUUGGUAGUAAUCGUACUGUUUCAGAAAACAGCUGCAGCCCUGAAAACACUUCCCCAACAGCCCAAACAGAUGGAGGAAGGCAGGAGAAUGGAGAGAAGAGAAAGGAGGACGAUGAAGAUGAUGAUGAUGAUGAUGAGGAGGAGGAGGAGGAAGAAGGAGUGGUGAGCUGGGCCAGUGUCAGGAUGCUGGGAGACAUGCAGAGACAGAGAGCCACCAAGGAGGAAGACGAGGUGUUCAGUCUGCUGCUGAAGGGUCCACCCCUGACGGAGAGAAAACAAUGACAGCCAUGGCAGGAAGUAGCCUACCCUUGUCUUUGUGGCAAACAUUUGAUCAGAGGUGCUUACAACCCCUCUGACUGAGUUCCUUUCAUCUUUUCACACACACCAGCCUAAGAGGAGGGGGGACGUGCAGAGGUAUGAGCAGCGCUGCAGGAGAGGAUGGAAAAGAGGAAGCAAGAUGGAGUGGACAUCAACUUUUGUAACGUCGCAUUAUGUAAUAAUGUAAUAAAAUCGGUCUUUGAAAUGUAAUUAAACCACAUUAUGGAAUAAUUGACACAAAAUGUAAUAAAAGUCUUCAACGCAUUUUAUAAUACUCUCGGCCGCAUUAUGAAAUAACAUUUUGCAGUGAUUGUUACAAAAUGUGGUUUCUCUUUUUAUAAAUGAUAAUGUUAUAAUGUAAUAAACGAUUGUAAACCAGUGUUUUUGUUCCAGUGGAUUUU